UUCCCUUUUCUUUCCUCCUUCCCCUUCCCCUUCCCCCUGUCCCAAGUCCGGCCCGCAGCCCAUCAUCGGGCCGGGGGGAGCCCGAGGGAGCCGGCCUGGGGCCCAUGAACUGUAAGGCCCCAGGGAGGCUGGUCAUCGAGCGGGUGAAGUUCUUCCGCCGGCACCGCGGAGAGGUCAACUCCUCCGCCUUCUCCCCGGAUGGCCAGACGCUGCUCACGGCCUCUGAGGACGGCUGUGUGUACGGCUGGAGGACCCAGAGUGGGAAUCUGCUGUGGCGGCUGGGAGGCCACACAGGCCCCGUGAAGUUCUGCCGCUUCUCCCCCGACGGCCGCCUCUUCGCCAGCACCUCCUACGACCGCACCAUCCGCCUGUGGGACACAGCAAAAGCCACGUGUCUGCAGGUCUUGAAGGGUCACCAGCGGAGCGUGGAGACAGUCAGCUUCAGCCCAGACUCCAAGCAGCUGGCUUCGGGUGGCUGGGACAAGCGGGUGCUGCUCUGGGAGGUGCAGUCUGGCCAGGUGCUGCGCCACUUAGCAGGGCACCAAGACUCCAUCCAGAGCAGUGACUUCGCACCCAGCUCAGACUACCUGGCCACUGGUUCCUGGGACUCUACCAUUCGCAUCUGGGACCUUCGGACAGGGACCCCGGUGAUCUUCCACCGGGAGCUGGAGGGUCACAGUGGCAACGUCAGCUGCCUGUCCUACUCAACCACGGGCCUGCUGGCAUCUGGCUCCUGGGACAAGACCGUCCACAUCUGGAAGCCCUCGACUAGAAGCCUGCUUGUCCAGCUCAAGGGCCAUGCCACCUGGGUGAAGAGCGUAGCUUUCUCCCCAGAUGGGCUGCAGCUGGCCAGCGCGGGCUACUCCCCAAUGAUCAAAGUCUGGGACUGCAACACAGGAAAGUGCAUUGAGACCCUGAAGGGAGCCCUGGAUGUGGCCCACGCCUGCACCUUCACCCCCGAUGGGAAGCUCCUCCUGGUGAGCGGAGCUGUGGAUUAGGCAAGUCGCCAAGUCCCCGCAUGACCAACCACCCAGCACCUCCAAUG